AUGACCGACCAACGCGAGAGCACUUCGCACGGCAACAUCAAUUUGUACAUCAAUUUGUACCCCGAGACGAGACGGAAGAAGGAUGAGGACAGAAUUGAUGACGUUGAGCAUGAUGACGGUGCAUCAUCUCCUUAUUUCGAAUCGAAUGAAAAGUCAAAGUCAGGGCAAGUUGAGGACAAAGCGAAGAAGCGACAACAGCGUCAGACUCUACUCUCCUUGGGCAGCGAUGGACACCUCUCUACUCGAAAACCGCUCACGAAUCCAACAAAACGCAGUGAUGCGGCGCGCAAACCAUUGAAAGAGAUCGCAGCGGAGACGAAGACUCUUCUUCCCGGUCUGCUUGCGACUCGACCCGAUGUCCCAGACAAAGGCUACCUCUACACAGACGGGGAUGCGCCGAUUCUGGACAAGAAGUACUGUCCGGGUCUCCCUGCUACAAAGGUCAGAGUCAUAAAUUCCGACAGCAUCGACGCUGCUCUCGCGCUUGGCUCCUCGGCGAUGAAUAAUCGACACCCUUGCGUCCUUAAUAUGGCCAAUGCAAAUUCAGCAGGCGGUGGCUGGCAGCACGGUGCUCUUGCACAGGAGGAAGCGCUUUGCUAUCGUACGUCGCUAUCAAGGACGCUCAAACGUCACUAUUACCCUCUCCCUGCCAAAGGAGGCAUUUACUCUCCAUACGUUCUGGUCAUCCGCAAUAACAUGAAAUCUGGCCACGAUCUCCUCGAUUUGAGGAACCCAGCAGCGUUGCCCGUCAUAUCUGCGAUAAGUGUCGCUGCUGUCUGUAUGCCUCAAACAACGGCGGGUGCGAAUGGGGUUCUCACAUACAGGUUGGGUCAGGAUAAGAGACUGAUGGAGGAGAAGAUGCGGGUCAUCCUGAGGAUAGCGGCGAGGAAUCGUCAUAGACAGCUAGUGCUGGGCGCAUUCGGAUGUGGAGCAUUUGCGAAUCCGAAGGAUGAGGUUGUGAACAUGUGGGCCUCCGUACUGAAGGAAGCAGAGUUUGGUGGGGGCUGGUGGUCAGAUGUGGUAUUUGCAGUCCUGGAUGAUGGUAGGGGCAACCUGCAGACGUUCAAGAACUCGCUGGAUGGCAUGAUGGUAUGA